AUGCCCGUCUAUUCAGAGGCCCCCGGUCUGCGGGCCUUCCGCGACGAUAAGCCGACGCUGCUGGUCUGUUGGUGGGCAACAUCCUUUUGCACACUUAUGAUACUGCUGCGUGUCCUCGGUCGGUUUAUAAGAACGGAACGGCUAUUUAUUGAGGAUAAGAUUGCGGCACUGGCGGUGAUCCCGCUCGUUUUGCGCAUGGUUUGCGUACACUUUAUACUGAUUUACGGCACUAACAAUGCCGACUUCAGCGGCCUGGACCUCACCGCUGUACAGUUACAUCACAAGAGCGUUGCAAGUGGACUAGUUUUGCUUAGCAGGUUCUUUUAUGCUGCAACGUUGUGGACUCUGAAAUGUUGCAUUCUCGAGUUCCUCAAACGCAUAACGGACCUCACGUGGGAAAAGCACCACCACACAGCACUCAUCGCAAUCCGAUGGACGUUGCUAAUAACCUUUAUUGGCGUCGUCAUUAGCGACCUGACCGAGUGUCAGCCAUUCCGCAUGUAUUGGCAGGUUCUGCCAGAUCCCGGCGGUCAAUGCCGACAAGGAUACGCACAGCUGAUCACCAUGGCUACUUGCAAUAUCUUCACCGACCUUUUACUCGUCAUAUUCCCGAUACCAAUUAUCUUGCGAAGUAACAUGCUCGUUCGAAGAAAAGUACAGCUUGUUCUGUUGUUUUCGCUGAGUUUGUCUGUCAUCGUCGUCACCAUUUAUCGAGUGCCUCGCAUUAUACAAGAACAUGGUCGGCAGCAAUAUCGGUCUCUUUUGGCCUCUGUCGAGCUCUUGUUUGCGACCGCAGCGGCCAAUGCCUUGGUUUUGGGCUCAUUCGUUCGCGACCGUGGAGUCAAGAAGCAAAAGUUCCAUCGCAAUUCCGGCGCCGACUCUUUUGAUCGAUCAUCCCACCCUCGCAGACCAACUUUGCAUCGACAAUGGGGUAGUGACGAAGAUCUUGUGAGAGACGUUGGGCUGGGUGUCGACGCGGAACUGCGAGAGCAGCUGGACAGCCCCGACGUUGAACAGUUCUCCCCUGUAGGAAGGAUGGCGCCCAACCUCGAUGCCGACAUCAACUGGCAAGGCUCGAAGCGGCGAAGCCCUACCGAGCAAAGCGACGACUCCCUGCUCCCACAGGACCCAUUAACCAAGGUGGAUUCUAACAAGAAGCGUUUGUCAUUUCUUGACGUCGGAGGCUUGCUUGAAGAAUCUGUGGCCGGCAGCAGCGGAAGUUAUAGACGGGGCAGCUAUACGUCCUCUACGCUGGAUCCUAAUUCACCCAACGCCGCCCCUCCGCCUUCGGUACCAGCCUCCAACAACGGCGUGCGGCGAGGCUCGACGGCUUUGUUGCAGGAUCUAGGCGGUCUGCUAGGACCGCUUAAUACGAGGGCGGCCAGAGCAAAGUCCAAACCCGGGACAGAACUGCAGCCUAUACCACAAUCACGCGAGAUACAAGCACACAAUCCUCACGGAAACCCGUCGCCAGAACUCAAGGACCCGGGCGGUCUGCUGCUGCCGAGGUGA